GGAUUGGCCGCGCAGUGCGGUAGUCACGGCACGGCAAUGGUGCAUUGCUCGCUGACGGACUGAGAGAAGGGGAAAGGGGGGGGAGGGGGCUUUGGUUCUGCAUCGUGUUUCUGGGGGCUCGGUUCGGUCCGGCUCCGGUUCUUACGUACCGGACGAUAGUGAGCGACAAGAACACGUGGAUGGUGAAGGGCGGGGCGUUUGGGCUGCAGGCCGUGUCGUUCUUCUGGGGAUACAAGAUCGUGACGGGGCUGGGCAGGGGACUGGCGGCCAAAUUCUGCGGACGCAAGGACCUUGCAAAGACCUACUGACGGACUGACUGACUGAGGGCGUUGGGUGGUCUGACCUGAUCUUGCUGCCUUGAUCUUCUGUUUGGGUGCCUGUGUAUGGGUGUGUGGUGUCUUGUUUUGGUGCGGCUGCUGCCUGGCCUGGCGAGGGGGUCGCUUGUGUAAGUUGCCUGGCUGGCUGGUCGCUUGGUCGCUCGGUUUUGCUGACUGACGGACGGACUGUACAGAGUGCCUGCCUGCCUGUCUGUCUGUCUGUCUAUCUGCCUAUAUCAAUCAAGCGGUCCACUGAGUGGUCUGUCUGUCAGACUGAUUGCUGCAUGCGGGGGCGUGGCUCUUGGUGCACAUGACGUAUAUAUAUCUGUGACCGAUCGAUAUCUAUAGAGCGCUGCUGUCUGUUUGACCGCCUGCCUGCCCACACGUUUGUACGUCUAUCUGUCUGUCUGUCUGUGUGGAUGUAGUGAGUAUGUGUGUCUGUGUGUGGCUUGGUAUGUCUGCUUGCGGCCUAUCCGCUGUACUGCGACGGACCGAACGAGCCUUUUCCGAGAUACAUCGUCCGUCCCAUCCCUUCCUCUCUCUCGGGAUCUGCUGGCUGGUGCCUUGUCAGUCAGUCUGUGUCAGUGUGGCCUCUUCCAUUUUCGGGGGCCACACGGCACGGCCGUCCACACGUGCAUGAAGCGCAUGUGUGGCUGCCCAUGGCGUGGGGGCGUGCGAGACGGAAGAGGCGCACGACACUGAGGGAGGCCAAAUGCAAGAGUAGGAGAUUGGUCCAGUGAGUGGUGUUCUCUUCCUCGGAUAUCGCCCAUGAGCAUGCAAUGGAGAGAGAGAGAGAGAGAGGGAGGGAGAGGAGAGAGAGGAGAGAUGAGGGGGACGGGGAUGCAAGUGGAUGAAUGGAUGGAUGAAAAGUCGCUUUGUAGUAGGUGUAUAAUGAUGGUUCUCUUUCUCGGACAAGCGACACUUUCUGGGCCUACUCUGCAUUGUACAAUCAGAGGACUUGAGAAGAAACAGACCUUGCUCAUGACUACCUGGAUGCUUGUAGUCAAGGCUUCGGUUGAAAAUUGGCGUGUCCUCGGACCCAUACGGCGGCUCGCCGAACUCACCCUCGGCCCGGCCAGAUCAAUAAACUCCAGCGUCUUCUGACAGUACUAUUAUUUCUUCCUCGGUGGCGUCGAGGAUGCGGACUUUCGUGCUUUUCUGCGGGUGUCUGCUGGCCUGCAGUGCCUCUGGGGGAGCGCCAAAACGGAGGACGACUGGCUGGGGCCACCAUUUCCGCCACCGCAGCAAGCACGGAGGCCACCACGGUUGGCAUCCCAAAUGGCACCACACUGGCGGAUGGCAUCACGGAGGACACUACCACACAAAGCCCCGCCCUCCUCCCGUAUACUACGUGCCUCCUCCAGUGCACCAGGGCCCUUACCCCGCCAUCAGGUAAGCCAGAACCUCAGGCAGACGCCAGCAGAAAAAAGAUGGAGGUGGUGUGUAUGUUUCUCAGGUGCAACGAGUUCACUGGAGAGGCUGGCAGGGACGGGCUCCCGCUACUCAAAGCUUACGACACAGAGCAGGUCCUCUUGGCAGUUGGCCUGUGUUGGGUGGAGGCUGACAGUAAGGCCCGUUUGUAUGCUGUCGGGUGUGUGGACAGAUUCUGCUUGGAGCCUGGAGACCUGAGUUCAACAGCGAUGUGUUUGGCGACACCCCGUUGGCCAGUGUGCAAUACGAGGGCGACGUGAGCCAUCUCUACCUGGAUGUGUUCGGCAUCGACAACUCAGGGGGACCGAAUGCCAAGACCAUCACCAUCGAAGGCGUCAAGGUCCUCAUAUCGACUUCCUGCCGUGAGUGCACACGCAGGACCAUAGGGUGGGUGUGCACUUGUCCGUGUAUGGCUGUGUGUGGGUGCGUUCGCAGAGUCAGGCUUCAGCGGAAAGGUCGUGACUGCGCAAGUGGGGCUGACCGCCGUCGACGCCAAGACAGGUGCAAAGGGCCCGCACGUGUGGUGCCCUGUGAAGGUCGAGUGCCCACCUCCGGGCACCCCUAUCAUCAAGUGCUCAUACACACCCAGAUGCGUCGCUCUGUCGGGUGCAACCAUGGUCCUUGUGUACGUGUCUUUGAUUUCCAGGUGCAACAUUUCCCUGUGGCAGCCCGGGACACGGAGACAGGCCUGCCGUACCUAAAGGGUUACGAUGCAGCCCAGGUCGGCCAGGCCACCUGCACCCCCCCUCUGUGCUCUCGUGUAAGCAGGUACAUGUGUGUGUUCGUCUGUUUGGCUUUGUUCAGGACCAGAUAGGGGUGAUGACCUCGUCGGCAUCUGACCCCGUGUAUGGUGGGCAGUCGCUCGUGUCAGUGCACUACGCGGGCCGAUCGCUAAAAGAGGAGGAGCUUUCGAGCCUCGACGUGGUGGGCUGGCUGCACGGACCGACCGACGGACCGACGGACGCAAUGACAGACACGGAGAGGCUGGUGUGUGUGUGUGUGUGUGUGUUUGGAUGGAUGCAGACGUAUGACACUGAGGACGACAAGCAGGUGCUCGAGGUCGUCACAGUGCCGCCCAAAGCAAUCAAGGCCACGACAUGCGGUCCGUGCGUGCGUGUGAAUGAGUACACACAUAGCCACACUCCUUGCGCCUACCUGGCUGUGUGGCUCUGCUGCCCGUGGGUGUGUGGACACACGCAGAGCUGGAGGGAACGUCGAGCAAGCACCCGAUUCCGGUGGCCGUCAAGGUGACCCUUCCGAGCGGCGCUACAAACUCCAAAGUGUGCCCGGUGAUAGCGGAAUCCUGCGAGUGAGUCGAGUGGGAGUGGGGGCUGACCUGUCCAUCCAUCCAUCCAUCAUCCGUGCGUUGUCCAGAAUCUAUGGCCAGCCAUUGUGCAUAGUCGUGUGAAGUGAUUUAUGUAUGUGUGUGCGUGUGUGUGUGUGUGCGGUUUGUGAGGGUCUGUGAGUCCACGCAUAUGUAUGUGCGUAUGAGUGGGUAUAUGGCGAGGGUGUUGGAGCAUUUGGAAGCCCGGAAGGGUCAUGACCGACCGGCGUCUAAUGAGACCAGCAGCGUGUAGCGCGAUUUUCG